GUAUCCUCCAGCGCGCCGGAGCCGCGAGGGUAGCGGGGGUACCCGCCGGGAGAGCGGUGUCAGGCGCCCCCUACCGGGCGUGGGAUGCGCAGCCGGCCGGCCGGUACCAACUGUCCGUUAGCACAGGGACUUCCCCUUAACCUGGUACACCCCAGUGGCCUGGACAAUGCUGGGAAAACAACCAUCCUCAAGAAGUUCAAUGGGGAAGACAUUGACACCAUCUCCCCAACACUGGGCUUCAACAUUAAGACCCUGGAGCACCGAGGAUUCAAGCUGAACAUCUGGGAUGUGGGCGGCCAGAAGUCCCUGCGGUCCUACUGGCGGAACUACUUUGAGAGCACCGAUGGCCUCAUCUGGGUGGUGGACAGUGCCGACUGCCAGCGCAUGCAGGACUGCCAGCGGGAGCUCCAGAGCCUGUUGGUGGAGGAGCGCCUGGCUGGAGCUACCCUCCUCAUCUUUGCCAAUAAGCAGGACCUGCCUGGAGCACUGUCUUCCAGUGCCAUCCGUGAGGCUCUGGACCUGGACUCCAUCCACAGCCACCACUGGUGCAUCCAGGGCUGCAGUGCUGUCACCGGGCAGAACCUGUUGCCUGGCAUCGACUGGCUGCUGGACGACAUUUCCAGCCGCAUCUUCACAGCGGACUGAGCUGCUCCAGAUGGCCGCCAUCUCACAGUCCCGGCCCCCCCAGCCUCUCACCAAGCACCAUGCAGGGAGGGGAUGGGAGUCAGCCAGCCCGACUAACACUCCCCGUCCUUGUCUGUAGCCUGCCACUGCUGCCGUCUGCUGCUGCUCUGUGGCCAGCCAGCCCCUGUGGUGGGAGGGCAGCCACCCUGGCUCCUGACCCGGCCCACCUGCAGCUGCCAUACCAAGAGGAGGGGGCUGCCUCUGCUGCGACCAAGGCUGUGAGCCUUGUCCUUUGCUCAGCUGUGAGAAUAAAUCAUUCCUUACCUGA